UCUGUCACUGCAUUCGCAUUAAGGACUGCGUGCCCUUUGUCCGACUUUUGCUCAAUCACAGUCCAGAGGAGCGCGCCUCUGUGUUCGCCAUGGUGCAUUCAGCCGGCUGUGGCUAUCAUGGUCUCGAUCCGCUCGCUUGCUGUCCGCAGCAUCAGGCGGCAUCUUCGCAUACCAGUUCGCGCAGUUCGCGCUUUGCGCCCAAUGAUCGCUGGGUCUGGGACACUUCGAGUGGCUCGAAGCGCAGUCCCAGAUUCAACUACAGCUUGAAUCGAUUUGUGGCGCACGAGACCGAAAUGCGUUUGCAUGACUAUUGGGAUUUCGAGGCGCAACGCAACUGUCCACAGCCAAUUGAAGAUGAUUAUGAUGAUCAUCAUCCGUUUGGAUUUGGCAGCGGUCAUCACUUUCAAUACCAUAUUGAUCACGAGAUUGAGCCAGUGGAGAAAGCGCCGCGUCCAAAGCCUGCAGAUAGACCGAUUGUGUUUCCUGGCGAUUUGCGUUUUCAGGAAUCGAUAGAGAUCAGAGGAGAAGGCGAGCUAAUGGCCGAUGCCAGCCAGGAGCAGAUUAUACGUGACACAACACCCACCACAACGAUGACGCCCAUGUCCACGACCACGGCCACAAUAUCGCCGGCUGCGCGCAUGAACUCACCCAAUUGUGGGAUAAGUGUGAGCACACGUCUCUUGGGUGGUGACGAGGUUGCCCCAGGACAAUAUCCGUGGUUCGCCCGUAUCGCCUACCGCAAUCGCACCAACAAUCGCAUCAGCUAUCGCUGCUCGGGCUCCCUCAUUUCCAAUAAUUAUGUCCUUACCGCCGCUCACUGCGUUGUCAACUUGGUGAGCGAUCUGCAGAUAUUUCAGGUGCGCAUCGGCGAUGACGUAUCCGGCGCGCAGGACUGCAGCCCAACUGCUGCCAAUUGCAGUCGCCCAAAUAUAUUUGAUAUUGUCAGCGUGCUGGUGCAUCCGAACUACGAUCAACCAAAGUAUGCGAAUGAUAUUGCCCUGCUGCGCCUAAACAAUAGCCUGAGUAAUUUCACACCAAUAUGCUUACCUCUGAACAGCACAGCAGCGCUCGCAGAUAGAUUGAUCGGGCAAAUGGGCGUGGUGGCUGGUUGGAGCACAAAAAUGGAGAGUAUGUUGUUAAAAUCUAACACUUCAAGCAGCCCCGCCAGCAGCACAGCCUCCGUGAGAUUCAUAAGAUUGCCCAUAGUCAAUACGACCAGCUGCGCGAUCACCUAUGCCACGCUCAGCGAGAACUUCCAGCAACCGAUUGUCAUUACGCCCAGCCACCUGUGCGCCCAGGGCCAGCCCAUGAAGGAUGUGUGCCGCGGCGACAGCGGUGGUCCCUUCAUGGACGAUGGCACCUCCGGCAUACUCAAUGCCAAUGGGCGUCAUACGCUGCUCGGCAUUGUCGCCUUUGGACCAACUCUAUGCGGCGUUACCACCGUACCCGGCGUCUACACGGCCGUCAGCUCUUACAUGAACUGGAUUUUCGAUAGCAUCAAUGAAUUCUAUUUUCCCAAUGAGGCUAACCAAGUGCCCAACUAUGGACGCUGCAUUACGCCCAACCGGGAGCGUGCCCUCUGCAUCCAUCUGGAGGAUUGCAAGUAUUUAUAUGGAGUACUGACAACGACACCCCUGCGGGACGCGGACAAACUAUAUCUUAGCCGCAGCCAGUGUGGCUAUUUUAAUCAGAAGGUUCUGAUUUGCUGUCCGGAUCGUUAUCGGGACAGCACGCCGGCAACUACAGCACGACCCCCAGCAAAUAAGACGAACACAAACUUGUUACCCUUGCCGGGCCAGUGCGGCAAUAUAUUAUCGAAUCGCAUUUAUGGCGGCGUUAAGACAAAAAUUGACGAAUUUCCCUGGAUGGCGCUGAUCGAGUACACCAAAGGCAGCGGCAACAAAGGUCACCACUGCGGUGGCUCGCUGAUCAGCACACGGUACGUGGUGACAGCAUCGCAUUGUGUCAAUGGCAGAUCCCUGCCUGCCGACUGGCGUCUAACCGGCGUGCGUCUGGGCGAGUGGGACACAGCCACCGAUCCGGAUUGUGAGGUCGACGUGCGCGGCAUAAAGGACUGUGCGCCACCACAUAUGGAUGUGCCGGUGGAACGGGCUAUACCACAUCCCUCGUACGAUCCAGGCUCCAAGAAUCAAGUGAACGAUAUAGCCCUGCUGCGCAUGGCACGGCAAAUCGAGUACACUGACUUUGUGCGUCCCAUUUGCUUGCCAUUGGAUACGAAUCUACGUUCGGCUACAUUCGAUGGUAUUUCAAUGGAUGUGGCCGGCUGGGGUAAAACGGAAGAGUUAUCGGCUAGCAAUUUGAAGCUAAAGGCCGCUGUGGAUGGCUUCACCCUGGAAGAAUGCCAGUCCGUCUAUAGUCGCCAGAGCAUUGUGCUCGAGAAUACGCAAAUGUGCGCCGGCGGCAUGGAGGGCGUAGAUUCGUGUCGCGGCGACUCUGGCGGCCCGCUCAUUGGCCUGGACACAAACAAGGUGAACACUUACUAUUUUCUGGCAGGCGUUGUUUCGUUUGGACCCACGCCAUGUGGCUUGAACGGCUGGCCAGGCGUAUACAGUCGAGUUGGGGCUUAUGUGGACUGGAUACAGUCUACGCUGGAGCAAUGAAAAUAUUCCAAUAGCUUAAAUUUAGUUGUUAUUAAAGACAAGCGCAAGUCAAGGCUAAGACUAUGCCGAAAAAUAAUUAUCUUUGAAUAAGCAAUGAUUCUAAUAAGUUAUUUGCAAUUCAGAAGCAAAAUUCUAGUUCCUGAAAGAGGAGCGUCAUAUCAUAUUUACAGUGUGUAAGACUUGUUUCUUUUUUGGGGAAAUUUAUUUAACAGUUCAGCCUAAGGUUAUGCUUAACAAUAUCGAAUAUUACGAGACUGCUCUAGGGACCAUAAAGAUAUAUGCCACAUAUCAUAUAAGGUAUGGUAUACUUAGACCUGCUUAGAAUCCAAUCAUAAACUUAGGUGUCUUCUAUUACUUUUAAUACAAGUUUAAAUUAUGCAAUAAAUA